AUGUCUCAAGGCCGGGAUUUUCGGUACAACGGAUACCAAAUGUCUCAACACAAGCCAGGCUUCUCUCAAGGCGAGACCGAACUAGAGCUUCUUCCUGUUACAGCCGCGGAGAGAUUUACCAGUGAUGCAGCUGCGAGGAAACCUGUGCAGCCUAGGGGACCGAAGGCCGAUACCUGGUCCUCUCAAGCUAAAAGAUGGACACCUGGAUUUUGGAGGCGCUUCCCAGUGCUUGGGAUGCUGGCACUUCUUGCUGUCGUUAUAGGCACAAUCGGAGCGAUUGCGAUCCUGAUUAACAGCAAUAACAAGCCUAUCGACAACUGGGGUUACGGAAUCACCCCAGCUGUGUACCUUGCCAUCGUUUCUGUUGUAUGCAACGCAUCGCUGGCUUAUGCACUCACCGAAGGCCUUACGAUUCUGUUCUGGAGGAACACCCUACAAGGUCACACCCUACCAGAGCUUAAUCGCAGCUGGCUUUGUGGACAAUCGCUCAAACAAGCUCUCUCGCAAGGCUAUCGCGCUGGAGGCAGAAUUGCUGCUCUAGCAUGCAUCUUGUCUGGUGUGUCCGUUCUUCGGGGGCCAUUGAACCAAAGAGCUUCUGCUGUGCAAAGCAAUGUCAGGUACGAUACAUCCGGCAACAUGUCUCUUGCCGUCGCACAACAACUACCGACUGGAUAUACUGGCGUACUCGAUGACGGUAGAGUCAGAAGUCGGACAAUCACAAGUCUGACUCCGACGUUCGCCGAAAUCAUGCAAGAAUACUCCUUGCGAUCGAACAUAACCAUCGAUACUGGAGCUAGUUCUUGUGGCGAGUCCUGCUCAACAACUAUAAAGGGUUUCGGAUUCACAUCACGAUGCGACACUAGCGAAGUGGUCUUUUCGCACGACGGGAGCUUAUCAUACGAGCAACAGCUUUUCUCUGUGAGCUCAAGUCUCUACAACGUCGACGACCCAAACGACGAUCCAUCUACUGUUACCGGAGUCGACAACCUUACGGGGUGGGAAAAUACUGGUAUACGCUUCAACGCUACCUACAGUGUCCCACUCCAAGACGGCGAUGCUGAUGGUCAAACAGACCCGCAGGUGUUCCGAUUGCGAUCGCACAUCUGUCUCCUAACAGGCAGCAUAAUGGAAUACCAUUUUGAACUUUCAUCAAACUCAGCUCAACUCAGCACCAAACGUUCCGACGACGAGUUUAUCGAAGCCGUUACACUGGAUGAUCCUUACAGACAAGGCACCGGCUCUACCGUCGGAGGCUUCCAGUAUGCGGCGUCUUACCUCUUCGGGUCGAGUGUGAACUACAAAUGGGGCGGCACAAGGUUCAGUGCUGUGUUCACAGGAUCCCUUGCCAAUCAGGUGGUAAAAAUCAAUAACAUCGGCACUGGUAAGGCCACUGUUCAAGACCCAAUGGACCAGAUGCUCGACGCGCUACGAGAAAUCACUUUCCGUACAGCAGUACAGGCAGGUAAAGAUACCAGCACCCACAACGUCACUAAUGCCGUCCAAUCCGUAGAGUAUCGCGGAUACCAGCUUCGAUCAAUCUACAUCACAGACCCAAAGUACAUGAUCGCCGCAGCCAUACUAAGUGUUCUGAGCAUCAUCGCAGUCGGUGCAACAUUCUACGGGUGGUGGAAAUUGGGAAGGCCGUUCUCCAUGGGUCCGUUGGAGCUGGCAUCGGCGUUCGAGGCGCCGCUACUGAAAGCCGCUGGCAAAAAUGCGGUUUCAGAUGAUAACACAUAUCGAGGUACUGCGCGCGAACCACGUGUGCAGUUCGGUGAGAAGGUGGUGGAUGACAAUGGGCAGUUCCUGUCCGGGACUGCGAAUCGAAGGUUGGUUUUGGGGUUGGCGACGGACGUUCAGAGACCGAGGAAGGGUAUGAUGUAUAGCUAG